CCAAACAACGCUAAAAACCUUGCAGUUCAAGUGGUUGGCUUGUUCCAAGGAAAAGAGGGCUUGGCUUCCUGAAAGUGCACCAGGUGUCCCAAGUUACCUAUUCCUGAUGUUCCCACUCAGUUAAAGUCCCUUCUACUUAAAGUUCUCUUUGUCUAAAAGGGGGACAAAGUGAUUCUCAGUCUCGUCUCUAAAUGAUGGGAGAAAGGAGUUGUUUUAUAACUUCCCUCUUUGUUGCCAGGCAGGCCCAUCUUUCCCUCCAAACCUGGUUUUCAUUUCGACUCUUUUCCUUGGUAGUCCCUAAUUGUUGUGAGGUCUUUGCUAUCUGUUCUAGAAAUAAAACACAGCAGUUUAUUUUAAUUUGGAGGACAUCUGUCAGGAAUAUUAAAUUACCAGGUGUGCAUUUCUGCCACAGAUACAAGGUACCCACAUAAGACUUGGACAUGUAUUUUGUGAUGUAAACAUAUACUGGGGUUUGCAUAGAAACAGUUAAAAACACUGCAUCAAAUUGUGUGAAAAUACUUUCCUUCCUGCCUACCUUCCUGCCUUCCUUCCCUCCCUCCGUCCCUCCCUCAUAUAAUGAGUGAGACAAACUCAGAUGCUACCAGAAGGAUAGAGGAAAAAGGAAUUACAUAGACCAGAGACAUCUUCUGCCUCAUUCACUUCUUGACCCUCCCCAUCAGGAUAUUUCAUCUCAUGUAACUGCAGUGGAAACUUGUUGCUGCUUAACAAGAUCAAAUUAUUAAAGCUGCAUAGUUUCCUGCUUCUGUUUUUUUCCCCUGCAACUAAAUAGGCUUUCUUAAUCCUGUAAUAGCAAAUUAGAUGCUCUUGGGCAGAGCAUCUUGGAGCAGCCUGCCAUCCCCUCAUACUUCUAUGAAGAUUCUGUCAUCUGCUUAGAGUUGUAGGGCUCCUCCUUGAUUAAUAGUUGUUUCAGAAAGAGACAUUCAGGCAGAAGCAAACCUUUUAUUUUGGCAUUGCAUUAAUAUAGAUCAGAAAAAGAGCACAGUGAAAUGAAAUUAUUUUAUCUUUUUCCUCAAAAAAUUAAAUUAUUAGGUUUCUCUGUUGUCACAUGCUAUUGAAAUGUUGCCAACAGUCUGCUCAAACUUUCUUCUCUCCAGACAGAGGCAAAUACAUGGGUUUGGGUUUAUUACUCCCUAUUCUUAUGAAUGAAUCACUUAUUUAAAAAAUUUCAACUAGCAGAAAUCACACAGACUCACACAUUCUGAGCCACUUGGGAGGUUUUUGGAACUUUUUAUUUGUAAAUGUAUGUGCCAGCUGGGAAAGUAUAAGGCUUCUGCAUUAUUCUGUUGCCUAUUUUAAUUAUUUCUUUUGCUGUGUUCUUCUUGACCUGUCUUCUAUUAUUCAGUCUGUCUUAUUGUAACACGCUUUGUGUUUUUUGUUAAGCUUUCUUAGACUUUUGUACCUAAUUUUGUCCUUAUCCCCCUAUUUCAUUCCCUGUCUUGUAAGUCUAUUACUCAGAAGUGUGGCUGAAGCUGCAGAGAAAUAAUUUAAGGCAGUUAGAAGAUUGUGCAAUUAGUGGUUUUCUGCUUGUCCAGCUUUGGUAUGAUAGAAUUCUAUGAAAGUAAAAAAGUGGUGAUGUUUGUCAGGUAAUCCCUGCUGACACAGUAGACCAGAAUUUUGCUGUCUUUCUUUUGCUCAUUUUAAUAAGGUGACAGGAUCUUGCCUUGUCAUUGAUUUUUGUUCUGUUGCUUAUUCCAGAGACUUGUAAUAUCCAUGGGGCUGUUUUCCCACUACUGUGUUCCCACUACUGUGUUUGUAAUAUGCAAGCUUCCCUUUAAUCUCUGUGUCUGGAAUCUCUUCUGUAGUUUACACUUUGCUUUUAAAAUGAGGCUUUUCCCAUCACACAUUUGAAUAUCUCCAUAUUGACCAUAUCAGGUUCUUUGCUAUUGCUUUCCUGGCAGCACCUGUCUUUAUUUUGAGCCCUCUGGUUCUUGUCACUGUUGGGUUUUAUUCUGUGGCCUUUUCAUUCCCCCAUAACUGCAACUCCUGAUCCAGGUACAUCUACCUUAGGCAAUGGGCAUGUGGGGUGGGGUUUAGGGUUUUUUCCUCCAUUUUUGCCUUGUAGAGUGCCAGGAUGAGAAGGAGAACUCAUUGCUGAAUGCAGAGCACCUUGUGGUGGAUGCUGAUGCUGUUGGUGGCCACAGUGCAGGGAGCAGUGUGCUACCUACACUCCCAGACACAGCCAGACAAGACAAAGUUGAAGAUAACUUGGGAAUAGAAUAUAGGAACAGCUUUCUAAAGAAGGUGAAAGAAGAUGGGGGAUGCAGCACCCUGCGGGCAACUGGGUCAUCUUCCCAAGGCUCCGUUGUCCUUGAUGGCCAGCGUGACUUUGCCUUGGCGUGUGGGCAACCGUCGGAUUUCUGCGGUAAUGUGAAGGUUGGAUUAGCACAGGAGCCAACAGGUCAGUCAGGGUCACAAGAGCACACUGAGAGUUACUGCCCUGCUGGGACUGAAAAGGAGGCAGAGAAGGAAAAAACUAAGAAAGCAUCCAAUGGAGUGUCUGGAGCUCCCUGCAGGCAGGAGGAGAUCGGCCCAGUCCCUCACCGAUCCAGAGGUACUCCAGCCAGCGCUGCAGCUCUGAAUUCCUACAAGGGCUCUUCAGUCCUGGAGUCCAGAGGCAGCUGUGAUGUGGCCAUGGGAAAAAAAUCCUUACCUGUCAAGAAGAAGCCCCGCACCUUCUAUAGUGCAGAGCAGCUAGAAGAGCUGGAGAGGAUGUUCCAGGAAGAUCACUAUCCUGACAAUGAGAAGAGGAGGGAGAUUGCAGCUGUGGUUGGUGUGACGCCACAGCGUAUCCUGGUCUGGUUUCAGAAUCGCAGGGCAAAGUGGCGGAAAUUGCAGAAGUUGAGUAUAAAAGACAACAAAAAAUAUCCAUCAUCAUCAGCUCUGUCAGUCCCCUUUGAAUCAGAGGGUUAUGGGGCACUUCCUCUGCCUGUGCCUCCAUUGCCUGAUGCUACUGGAGACCAGCCUGGCAUGCUGGGAAGAGACCCUGGAGCUGUGAACUCCUCCAGCCUGUUCAGCACACUUCCUGCAUCCCCCACCUCUGCCUCAGCCUCCUCGGUGGCAGGAAUAGUGGCACCCUGUGAAGCCCAAGCUCAGAGCAAGGCGCUGCCAGAGCUGCAGUUAAAAGCCAGCGACUUCGAGUGCUUCCCUUGCUUUCCCAGCCCUCCUCCCAUCCGCAGGGCCAGCCUGGCGCUUAGCCUGGCCUUCGAACCCCAGAGCCACAUUGUUCCUCUGAUGCUGGACACGCCCAGCAGUGACUGCAGCUUGGCCAGUCACGAAAACGGCUCCAGGGAAACUUUCUCUUACGGCGUCCAGAAUCAAGGCUUCAGUUCACCAGUUUCUUACCCUUAUCCCGAGCACCUGGAGCCUGGAGACAACCUGGAGGCCACCUACUCUCAGUACAGCAGCGAGGGGGAAAUCUAUCAGCUCUCCCAGUUCUGUCACCAAGGUCACCUGGCCAGCAAUAUGUUCUCCAAUGACCACCUUCCUCUUCCAACACCCCUGGAGUCCCAUCCAGCUUUCCCUGACUUACCUGGUAAUGGUGGAGCCAUAACCUGUGGAGCCAUGCAAGGCUAUGUACAAAACAGCAUGGGGGGACCACUCAUGCCACAGCAGCCAAGUGGAUAUUCAGCAGACAUCCCUGCCUAUCCAGCUGUGCCCUGGAGUGAUUUCUACAUGCAGGGAGCUCCUUUCUCCAAUCAGUUGCAUUCCCAAAUGGCUUUUUCUAGCACUGCAGGAGGACAGUACUUCACAGAGCCAUCUCUCCUUCAAGUGCCCAACACAACAGUAGUGGAAUCCAUGCCACAAACUGGAAAACAAACGGGAGUGACACCACCAGAGCAAAGUUCCUACCAGAGCCACCAAACAGAGCCAGAGUUGGCAGCACUCACUGAAAAAGAGGACAUAGAGAGCAGCAGCAAGAAAGGAGAGACUAUUGAUGAAACUAAAGAAGAAAUUAAUGACUGAUGUUGCACUCUGAGAAAAAAAAAAGGAAGAGGAAAAAUUGCUCUUUUAAACUCUGCAAAAUAAGAGUCAAAAAAAGAAAAGAAUAAUAAUAUUUGCAGCAGAUGCACUUUUUCAUUUUAUUUCUUUUUUUGGUUGUAUUUUUUUUCUUGUUGCCAUGAUUAUUUUCUUGCAUAAAAAUGAAGCAGGGAUAUUUCACUCAAUAAAAAUAAAAGUUCCUGCUCUAUUUUUUUUUGUUUUGCUUUUUUUUUGUUUUGUUUUGGUUUUGUUUGGUUUUUUGGGUUUUUUUUGCAAAUCUCCUUUCUUUAUUCUAAUCUUUACCAGCCCUCAGACAGGAAAGAGCUGAUAAAGGAACCAGAGUCCCAUGAGUAAAAAUUCCAGAUCAUGUAAGUGUCAGAAGGUCUGGCUGCUGUCUUGGAAUACACGGGAAGAGAAACCAGGAGGCAUGAGAUACAUGCAAAACAGGAGGAGAAACUCCAGCAACUACACUUGAUUUUAGGGACUCCAGACAACAAAAUAAGUCUUCAUUGGAAGUCCAGUAGUGAUUUGGUGUUUGCUAGUCUUGAAUUAUUCUAAAAAAAAAAAAUUCAUUGUAAAACUGUAACAAUAAACAGCAACAAGACUGUAACUAUAAAUGCUAGCAGUGUAACCGGGUCCCUGUCUAUUAUUAAUUGCUUUAGCAUCCAAUUUGAAUUGAUCUGUUUGAACUUGGCGUGAUCAUCUUAGCUCCUACUUUGCCUGGGAAACAGAUGACCUAUGUCCCUAAACUCAGUGGUCAGCAGCAGGAGCAGAGCACUCCAGUGAAGAGUUGUUCACUGAGAGCUACAGUCCCAAGGAACUGUGCUUCCCAGAGGAGCUGUAACCACCUGGAUAUGUAGGAUGUGUAAGAUGAGUGGCUGAAAUGGAUGUCAGGCUGUGUUCUUGUGAGAAAAGACCAUUGUGUUUUAG